GAAGUUUUGUGUCUUAAAUUUUAAGCACAUUCCAAAAUAUUACCAACCAAUGGUGAAAAUCUGUUAUUCUAUAAAUUCAUUUUACUUUUAUGAAUAAUGUAAAUUCAUAACAUGCGUCUGGUAAAAGCUAAUAUAAUUUGAAUGUAAAAAAGAAAAAAGGACGAGUGCGUAAAAACGAAAUUCAUUUAAUAGGAAUUUGUUUUGCCGUAACAGUUUGAGAAGAAAAAGCUUUUCAUAUACAAUAAGCAGCGGUAUACUAAUUUUCAUCUCAUCUGUCAGAGUCGACGUAGUCAAGUAUUCAUGUUUGAAAUCAUAUGAUUUUUAUCGAGGCGACGACGCUGAAUAAAUUAUUGCAGAGUUCAUCUCUCUGCAAAGUUUUUCCGACCGUUGGACUAAAUGCUACACUUCAGUGAGGCCUUUUAAUAUGGCAUCAAAAUUUUAUUAUUUUGGCUUUGGUAGCAAUAUGCUGUCCAAACGUAUACACAUACAAAAUCCGGGCGCUGAUCGGGUCGGUCCUGGAAAACUGCAGGAUUACCGUUUAGACUUUUACAACAAUUCUGAAAAAUGGAAUGGAGCCCCGGCGACGAUAGUGCCAUCAAAAGGCGAUCACGUAUUCGGUGCCAUAUGGGAAAUUGAUUCCUGUCAUUUGGAAGAUUUGGAUAACCAAGAGUCGGUAGAUAGGGGAGUUUAUACACCUAUUACACUGCCCGUUAUGUGCAUUACUUUGCAAAAGUAUAUACAAUGUCGAGCUUAUCACUUAUGCCAACAACCUCAGACGGAUAUAAAAUGUAUACCGGAGCAAAAAAUCCCUUCAGAUCGAUUACCUUCAGAGACGUAUUUGAAAACAUUGGUGAAAGGUGCUUUAGAAACUGGCAUACCCGACGAGUAUGUAAACUUUCUAAGAGCGAUAAAACACAAUCGCAAUGUAGUGAAAACUUUGGAAACUAUUUUAGAAUUACAAGACGUUAAAUUAGUACAUACAUCUUAAGGCAAAUUAAGAAAUUAUGCAAAUAAUUUAAAUUUUUUUUUUUUAUUUUAAAAUUUAAAAGCCAAAAACAAAUUGAUUCUGCUCAUAAUUUGUACAAUAUAUUCUCUAAUAGUCCGAUAUGAAUUACAAAGAACAAUAUAGUUGAUAUAUAACUCUUUGGUAAUAUACUUACAGUAAAAUUAAAUUAAAAUUAUUAACAGAUGCUUAGAAGCUUGUACAUUACGCCCGCUAGUUAUGUUAUGGAAAGUAGUUAAUUGUCAAAUAUUAGAAAUAUGAAUGGUUUCCGAUGUUAGGGAUCGAAACUGAAAAGUUCCUCUCUUGCACUUUCAUACACACCGAGAAUACUUCCAUGUGUAGAUUGAUUUAAAGAAGAAGGCAACAAAGGAGGCAAAGUGGAAUUUCAAUUAACUUGCCGGUAUAGAUAUAUAUAUAAAUAUAUAUAUAUUUAUAAAGUUUAUAUUCAACGAUGUUCCCUUAAAUUUUAUAUUAUUCCAUUCCAUGUACAUCAUACAUACGCAUGAUAAUCAAUGAUGUCGAAAGCAGAUUAUUUCUAUUGUUACCUUGCCAUCUCUUAAACUCUUCAGUUACGAAUCACAAUCAAUCGAUCUGUCGCAAAUUACAACGGGUUAUCUAAUUUUUAAUUGCGAUACUGUAAUAGCUGUACAAACAAAACUGUUCGUACUGCUUUUUCAACUGUAUUUAAAACAUACUUGUUACAAAGUUUAAUAAUCGUCUUUUACCAUUUAUUGGGCUGGUUAUGGACGCCCUCGCGGUGGAAACUUGCGGGCUUACAGGCGAAAUAGAUAUCGAUACAUUUUCGCAGAUUCUCAACUUCGUCGAAACGUCGACUUGCUAAACAUGAUUGUAUUACCUUGAAUAAGCGGUAAUCAGAAUGGGUCACAUCCGCAGAAUAUCGUGGAGUGCGAUACAAUUUCCUAGUCAUCCCGGUUUGCUUUUGUUGGAGACGUACGGACAUACGGCAAAAUUUUUUGUUCGAAAUCUCGCAAAUUACUUCUACUAUCUGUUUUGUAGUUUACUGCAUUUUGAUUCAAAGUCGACUUAAUUCUUUUCGUACUUUUAGCUGCAUUUUUUUGCACAUCAAUCCAGUUAAAAAUACAGAAAAUUGCAGUUUCAUAAAUGAUAUCCACCU